AUGGUAUACCCGAGGGCUGAGAAGUCCUCGGGUGUGGUCACUGGUGUUCCAUUGGCCAAGCCUAAAAGUGGACGAAACAAUUUCCAGAAGAAUGGCAGCGUCGUAUCGCAACUUCGCGAGAAAGGUGAGGAUACCAUGGCUAAUACUCAUCCUGGGGGCGAUCUCUUGGCGAACAGGUGGAACCCAAUGUCAUUGUCUUUGAUGACGGCUUCUACAGUCUCUAGACUCAUGGCCAUGUGGCAGAAGCAAGGGCUGGGCCUGGAGCUGGAGCUGGAGAGCAUCCUGUUCUUCUAA